AUGGCAGCCUCCUCCUCUACGCUGUCUACUUUCGUGCCUCCGCUGAUGAUGAAAGACGAAGACAAGCCAAGAAACUGGACCGAUCUUCCGUCAGAAUUGACGUCUUCGAUCCUGCUCCGACUUGGUGCUAUUGAGAUACUUGAAAACGCUCAGAAGGUGUGCACAUCGUGGCGACGCAUCUGCAAACACUCUUCCAUGUGGCGGAAGAUUGAUAUGCGAGACCUGGGAAAUCGCGGACAGCACAACUUGAUAUUUGAUGUCUUGUGCCGUCAGGCUGUUGAUCUCAGCCAGGGCGGCUUGCUGGAGAUCUACAUUGAGAACUUCGCCACCGAUUCUCUCCUAACCUACAUCGCCUACAGAUCAAGCAAUCUGAGAAGUCUUGGACUUGGAUUUCGAAUGUACCAUCACUAUACAUCUAUAUCGAACAAAGGACUUGUGAACGCAAUCGAAAAACAUCCAUUGCUUGAAACCCUUGAGGUCUCACACCCAACGCUUAAACUGAAUUUGAAAGCAAUAGGCCACGCUUGCCCACAACUAAAGACAUUGAAGCUAAACUCCUCAGGGUCAGAUAUUCUUGGGAUAUAUGAGUUAAAUUACGGGACCUUUGGCAUCGACUGUGAUGAUGAGUAUGAUGCACUAGCCAUCGCUGAAAGCAUGCCGGAACUACGCCAUCUCCAGCUUCUUGGGGACAGAUUAACUGCCAGUGGCUUGAACGCCAUUCUUGACGGUUGUCCUCACUUGGAACACCUUGAUCUACGCAUGUGUUUCAACAUUAACAUGGUCGGAAAUCUUGAGAAGCAAUGUUUGGAGAGGGUAAAAGAGUUCAGACGCCCGAAUGACUCAACCGCUGAUUACCCAUUUGAUAUCAUUUUUGUCAAUUAUGAUUUAAAUGAACACAGCAUAGAGAUCAAGGAAUCUGAGAAGCCUUGGACUUCGAAUGUACUAUUCACCCAUAGGUCAGGGUUGUCAGGCUACAUACCCUCUCACAUCAAAUGUGAUGAUGAUGAUUAUGCCCUAGCAAUCGCUGAAACCAUGCCCGAACUACGCCACCUCCAGCUUCUUGGGGACAGAUUAACUGACAAUGGCUUGAACGCCAUUCUUGACGGUUGUCCGCACUUGGUCGGAAAUCUUGAGAAGCAAUGUUUGGAGAGGGUAAAAGAGUUCAGACGCCCAAAUGACUCAACAGCUGAUUACCCAUUUGAUAUCACUAUUUUCAGUUAUGAUUCUGAAUCAGAUGACUCAAAUCAGGUUCAGGCGACCAGUAUCAGGACUAGGUAUUGA